UAAAAAUAAAAAAAAUAUUUUUUCAGGUUGCUUUCAGAUCAGGAACAAACACAAGACUUGAUGAUCGAGUGUUUGCUAUGUGUCAGUUAAAAACUAUACCGUUAUUUCAAUUAAUCCAAAUGAUUUAUCCAGAUCUUUAUCCUAUUCAUGCGCUUGAAGAUCGAAAUGCAAAAGAUAUCGAUGGUAAAUUAUGCCCACAACCACCUAGAUUGCAUCUUUCUGCUGAGAAACUUGACUCUAGGGGUGCUUUUCUAAUGGAUACUGGAGAUCAGAUAUUUAUUUUAAUCGGCAAAAAUAUUCAUUCUUCGUUUUGUUGUAAUGUGCUUGGAGUUUCUGCUUUUCCAUCAAUACCAGAAGAAUUUUAUGAAUUACCAGAAAUUGAAACAACAGAAAGCGAAAGGUUACGAAACUUUGUAUUUAGUUUGCAAGAAGAGAAACCCUAUCCAGCUUCUAUACAAAUUAUUCGGGAUGACAGUCAUUUUAGGACACUUUUUGUUGAGCGAUUAAUUGAAGAUCGUUUUGAAAAUUCUUUGAGUUAUUAUGAAUUUUUGCAACAUCUUAAGACUCAAGUGAAAUAAUAAUAGAAGAAAUUAUUUUGGAAUUAAUAAAUACGGAAAGUAUAUAACAAACAAAUCUUAACAUGCAAAAGUCAUUGUUACAGUGAAAGUGCUUAGCAAUUGUGAACUGUGUUCAAAAAAUACGAAUUUUUUGAAAACAAUUGUUUGAUCAAUUAAUUAGAA